AUGGAAAGAGAUCAAGCAGCUCUCCAAGAAAGACUUGAGUCAAAAGAAAGUUAUGCUAGGCAAUCAGCCCAUGGCAGUACCAGGAGUAAAUGUUCAAGAUCUGGUUCCAGAAGGUUAAACGAGAUACAGGAGGCUGUGCUCCGACAACAGGCCACAGCACAAAGGAGCCAGGAUACUCUAAACAACAUGACAACCAUGAUGCAAUUGCAAGUCAACAGACAAUUCAAGAAGGAUCGUGAGACUGCUGUAGCAAGAAUUCCAAACCCAGAUGUUGUGGUUCAACAGCUAGAACUACCUUCUGGACCUCCACCAGGACUGGCAUGGCCAUACCAAGAGAAUCCUCUCAUUGCACAGAUAGCUGGAAUGCCAGGACACGGAGAAAUCCAAGUUGGACAGAGUGGAAGAGCCCUUCCCGUCCAAGAACACAAAACUCUAGUUCUUCCAAAAGGCCCUGCACUAGUUUAG